CAGAAUUGUAUGUUUUAGCUAUUAGCAAAUAACGUUAGCUAGGUUUUCUUAGACGGGGUUAUAACUGGUCAGCAACCGAUGUGCUGAUUCACUUCUAGUUUGCAAGGGUGCAUUAUAUCUCUGUUUGCUCCCUACUACUACAAUAUCUAGUUUUAAAUGUGAACGGUGGCUUUACGCGAAACGACAGAGGCAAGAAAGCUGUGCUAAAAACACACCACAAAAUAAUCUUCUGAUUGACGUUUGACAGUUUGGGUGGCGGAAUUGUGUCCUUCCAGACACAGUCAAAUGGUAGAACACGUAAAUUGCGCCAUUCAAGCGAUCUGUCCUUUUUCAGAUUUGGGGUUACAAUGCGUGCCUUUAGGCAAGUUGGGGAGAAACAGCUCCCUAAUCCCAUCCUGUAUAUGGCGUGGUCCCCCAAGAGGGAUCUCAUCGCCCUGGCCAACACCAAUGGUGAGCUGUUGCUGCAUCGUCUCUCCAACUUCUACCGUGUAUGGAGUUUGCAGCCCAACGAGAACACGGGAAAGGAGAUCACUGCCUUGGCAUGGAGACCUGACGGCAAAAUCCUAGCCUUCAGCUUGGGUGAUACCAUACAAGUGGUUCUGUGCGAUGCUGAGAAGGCCGAAAUCCUCCACGUGUUCCCAGUAAGACUGCCUGUGUCCUGUAUGCACUGGAUGGAAGUGCAAGAAGAGAACAGUGGCCUGGCGUCGUUCUAUGACUCAGAGGAUGAGUCCAAUCGCUUCCUCCCUAAGCUGCCAUCCCUACCCAAAAGCUACAGCACCACAACAAAGAUUUUCAGCGAGGAGAAAUCUGAUGAGGCCACAAAUCUCCUCGGGGAUGUGAGGUUGAAUAUUUUGGUGCUGGGAGGACCCUGUGGCUUUGUGGAGCUCUAUGCUUAUGGACUGUACAAGAUAGCAACUGCAAACAGGAUUGCGGGCUAUUGUCGCAGCCUCUGCCUCUCGAGUGACCUCAAGUCUCUCUCCGUCAUCACAGAGGUCAGGUCCACUGAUGACGACCCUGAAAUUCACUAUGUCCAGUUGGAUACAGGGCUGCUGUCUUCCUGUCUGCCUGAGCUUACCAGGAUGGCACGCAAGUUCACACAUAUCUCCACUCUGCUAGAGUACCUACGUCUGUCUCUCACCUGCAUGUGUGAAGCCUGGGAAGACAUUCUCUUGCAGAUGGAUCUUCGACUUACCAAAUUUGUUCAGGAGAAGAACACAAGUACCCAGGUGCAGGAUGAGUUUCUGGAGUUGCUGCUGUGGGGUCAUGCCAGCCCAGAACUACAGGCUCUGCUCAUGAACCAGCUCACAGUCAAGGGUCUGAAGAUGCUGGGACAGUCCAUAGAGUCUUCCUACUCUGGCAUUCAGAAGCUGGUCAUCAGUCACUUACAGAGCGGCUCAGAGGCUCUGCUCUACCACCUGAGUGAAGUAAAGGGUAUGGCCCUGUGGAAACAGAAGUACCAGCCACUGGGGCUGGACCCUGCAGUCAUAGAAGAUGCCAUCACUGCUGUGGGUUCCUUCACCCUAAAGGCCAACGAGCUUCUACAAGUGAUUGACAAGAGUAUGAAGAACUUCAAGGCAUUCUUCCGCUGGUUGUAUGUCGCGAUGCUGCGGAUGUCUGAUGAUCAUGUCCCACCUGAGCUCAACAAGGUACCGCUGAGCUCAACAGAGAACCUGAUUACGAGCUGGGAGGACUGCAGGGUUUAUGGGCGUUUGGGGAUGACACACAAAGACCUGGCAUUUGUGGCAGACUUCCUGGCAGAGCAUUUCAGUGCGAAUGAAGAGCUUUUCGAUCGAAAAGGGAAGUACUUCAACGUAGAGCGAGUGGGACAGUACUUGAAAGAUGAGGAAGAAGACCUGGUCUCCCCUCCCAACACUGAGGGCAACCAGUGGGUGAAGUUUCUCAAGGAGAGCACCCACCUGAAAGAGUCUCCUCUGCUGUUCCCCACAUACCCUCAGAAGUCCCUGCACUUUGUGAAGAGGAUGAUGGAGGGGACAAUAGAGCUGUGUCUUCAGAAACCAGCUGAGGUGAUUGGGAAGUCUGUGAAAGAGGCAUUGCGUUUGCCCCUCUACACUGUUCCAGAAAGCUCAGAAAAUACGCCAAGACUUUUUGAGAUGCCUGCACUGUGGAAUAAUAACAAGGCCAGUAUGCAUUAUGUGGUUUUCUGCAUGCCAGAAAUCUCCCCAUCUAAGAUCUACUUAUUGAGGAGGGCAACAGACCCAUGCAGGUCAGUUCCAAACGGUCUCAUAGCCAUUGACCUGAGCAGACCUCUAAACAGCAGCAUCGAUGACGAGGACGCGGCAGCAGAAAUCCCUGGGAAUGGCACAUACCGUUGCCUAGACGCCCGUCUCUAUGACGCCGAGACGCUGACGGUGGUCCUGCAGGGACAGGAGGAGGAGCGCGUUCUGGCACAGCUGCCUCUCAGUGCUGCCCUUCGCAGCGAGGAAGAGUUCGCCUGGGACACCACCCUUCGGUUAGACCAGCAGAACGGCUCCAUUCCCUCGCAGGGGCUGGUGUGGGAGAACCAGUGGAGGCCUCUGGACAACAUGAAAGCCCAGUUUGUGGCUGUCAACGGGAUCCGAAAAGUGUCUUGUGUGCUAAGCUCCAACCUUCGCCACGUGCGUGUCUUUGAGAUGGACGUGGAGGAUGAGGACGAGGAGGAGGAGGACCGUCAGGAGGAGUCGCAGAACAUCACCCCCGACCAGGAGGCUUUGGAGGAGUCCCUGACCAGUCAGAAGGAUGCAGGGGCAAACAUGGAGGCCCAGGAAGGGGGAGAGGCGGACCAAGCUGCGGAGGGGGGGUCAGGAGACACCCUGGAACACACUUCAAGCUCAGAUACACUGUGAUUCGGACACUGACUCCAACCCGCCAAUGCUUUUAUUUCACACAUUUACAAAUGCAUGGCCAUCACUUCUCUUUGGAGCCAGUUCUCAAACAUAAGUUGUGUACGUGGAACAGAAAAAGAUGGCUUUUCAUGUGUCUAAGGGCAACUCUCAUACCUUAUUGUUAGGUAUGUUUGUUAUGUGUUGAAUCAACACGGUGCUGCCUUGAACUGAGUCCUCAUGUGUUUCUCCCUAACCCAAUGAAGAGGAAUGCCUUGUUGAGUCACUAGUAACAACGAUAUUCAUACUUUUGAGUUUAGUAUUUUUGUCCAUCACUGCCAUGUGCUGUGAACCAAAUGUGGUUUUUUU